GUAGUGUAAUAGACAUUUAGAGAGGAUUUAGGAUGUAGAAUAAAUGCUAACAUAGCUUUAUGUCUGCUGGACGGGUAAACCAUUUGUUUAAGAAGACUCUCCGGUGAAAGCACCCGCAGGCUUCUUCUUCCUGCUCCACGCUUCCUCAUCAACAAACCCAUAAAGCACGCACACCAGUUGAACCAGUUGAAAACAAAACAGUGUCCAACCUGUGGCUCUUCUAAAACCUUAGCAACUAUAUAAGGUUAUAAUAUGUAAAUAUUGUCAUUACAGCCUUCUGCGCUGCGGCCACAAGAAUAUCUUUUGCAGUGUUUACAUAUAUUCCAGCCAAAGCCCUGGGUGUAUUUGUAUUAUUUAAAAAGGCAGUGGCGCAAGAUCCCGAUUUAAAUGUCAAGCUAAUAGCGACAUGCGGCGGUACAACACAACGCAAUCCAGUGGUGCUACGAACCACAGCCUCCGAAGCGAAAACACAGCUCUCAAUAUUACUUUAAACACAUUCUGAAUGCAUUGAUCUGCACGGAGAGAGGAUUUUGUGCAUGACUGUUCAGUCAGAAAGCAUUUGCUUUCAGUUUUAUAUCUGAUGAGAUGGCAGCAUGUGUGCAUGACAUAUAUCCAGAUCUGCCUUUUAAAAAGCUGAUAUAAUUGACGGCUUCUUUAAUUAAUCAUUAGCUCCCUAAUUAACUCAUUUUUUUUUUAGCUUUAGGUACAUGUGCAGAGUUUGAAUAUAUUCAAAAUGCUGUGUUUUUUCUAUAUUGUUUACAUCUAUAUUUUUUUUUUCUCGUAAAAUGCCACUUGCCACAUUUUUUACUUGUCUCACUCAAAUCUCAAACGUAGCAAAUGGGAAUCCAGACUCUUAAAGUACGAUGACAUCCACAUACAGCUCAAUUUUUUUUUUUUACUGUCCUGAAUACUAAACUGAAAACUCGCCUCCUUUCCCCAGCUUUCUGAGAGUUUUCCCCCCUUUCUGUUUUUUUUUUUCUUUUUCUUUUUGGUGCCAGACAAAGGCAGUAGGGGACUUUGCGGAGUUUCUUUGGGCAAAGGAAAUGGUCGAGGAGGAGUGGAGCAGGGAGGAGGUGUAUCUGUCAGAGGGAGGCUGGGCUGAGAGGAGGAGGAGGAGGAGGAGGUGUUACGGUGGGUAUGAGAGGGAGAGGGAUAGAGAGGAAAGCAGAGGGAGGGGAGGGGACUGUGCUCUCAUUCACGUUGGCGGCAUUUAGCUUGAGAAUGAGCUGCUUCUGUCUCUUUUUUUUUUUUUUUUUUUGGACGAGAUUUUUUUUUUUUUUUCUGUAGAGGAGUUUUGCUCACGAGGGUUGGUCAGAAACUGAGCCAAACAGCCAGGAGGCAGAGCAGGAGCCUAGUGACGGUUUGAGCCGAGUUAAACCUGAGGCUGGAUGAUGAGGAGGUCAGACGCCAGAGCAGCUAUGCAGGGAACAAACUGCGAGCCAGCGACCCCUCUGAGCUGCCACCAUGGCCCUGGUUCAGGCUCUGCCCAUAUCUGCUGAGCCCCACAACCCCGGCCUCAGCGGAGGAGCUCGCAGACGACACUCCUCCGGUCCGUCACCCCCCACCAACGCCCCGCCCUCCACUCUGGACCCCAUGGGCUCGGUCAGCAGCCUCAUCCCCGCCCGCCCCGGCCCCUUCCCGGACCACCGCUCCGGCGUCGACCUGGGCGCCCGAGUCCGACGGCCCACGCCCGGAGCGCCCUGCCUGGGCUCCGAGUCGCCCCAAGACCCGUUACUGCAGAGCGUCCCACCGCUGAAGAAGCAGAGCUCCACGACGUCCAGCAGAGGGCAGGAGAAGGAGAGCGGAAACGGGAACUACACCUAUCUGAAUGAGGACUAUGUGGGCGACUGGAAUGACAACCAGGUGACGCCUGGCAGCCCGGGAAGUGAUGUGGACGAGAUUAAAGAUGGUUUAAGAUUGAAUGGAAAUAUGGGCGGACCUCCUCCAAAACUGAUCCCAGUGUCAGGAAAACUUGAGAAGAACAUGGAGAAGACGGUGCUGCGGCCCACUGCCUUCAAACCCGUCAUCCCCAAGAGCCGCACCUCCAUGCAGUAUCUCUCCCCUCGCCAUUGUGCCAAUGCAUCAGAAAGCCAAAACAACCUGAACCUGCUCAGCCCCGCCCACAGGGAAGUGUCGCCGUCCUGCUCCGAGAAGCGCAGCUCCUACAGCGGUGGGCGCAACGCCGCCGCCGGCGGGAGCAGCCAGUCCUGCUCACUGUCCGACUCGGGCCGCAACUCCCUCUGCAGCCUGCCGCCUUACAACAGCGCCGCCUACAGCCUGGCGUCAGCAGAGGCCCCCGCCGGCCACCUGGAGCCCAUGAAGAGCGCCCCGCCAGCCAGCGCACACGGACACUCCAACUCGGACAGCGGGCGCUCGUCCUCCAGCAAGAGCACGGGCUCCGGGUCGAUAAGUGGGCGGGGCCAGCCCCUGUCCGACAGCGGGUCCAGCGGGCGCUCCCCCGGCCCCGUGGAGGGCUACGAAGGGGUGGUGAGGGACCUGGAGGACAAGCUGAGGGAGAGGGAGCUGGAGCUGCAGCAGCUCAAAGACAACCUGGACGAGAACGAGGCUGCGAUCUGUCAGGUUUACGAGGAGAAACAGAAGCGCUUUGAGCUGGAGCUGGAGGAGCUGAGGCAGGGCUGUGCCACCAGGAUGCAGGUCGCCUCUCAGAAGGCCCAGCGUGCACAGCAGGUGCUUCAGCUACAGGUUUACCAGCUGCAGCAGGAGAAGAAGAAGCUGCAGGAGGACUUUGCUCAGCUCCUGAAGGAGCGGGAGCAGCUGGAGGAGCGCUGCACCUCCUACGAGCACGAGAAGAUCCAGUUGGGGCCUCGACUAGAGGAGACCAAGUGGGAGGUCUGUCAGAAGUCGGGGGAAAUCUCGCUGCUGAAGCAGCAGCUCAAAGAAGUGCAGGGAGAGUUGGCCCAGCGCGUCGGGGAGAUCGUCUCGCUGCGGGGUCAGCUCAGAGAGACCCGCGGCGAGCUGACCAACACCCAGGUGCUCCUCCAGGAGGCGCACGGCACCACCCGCACUCGGACCCUGGAGCUGGAGGUGUGCGAGAACGAGCUGCAGCGGCGCAAGAGCGAGGCCGAGCUGCUCCGGGAGAAGGUGGGGCGCCUCGAGGUGGAGCUGUCUCAUCUGAGAGAAGCCCUGGCCAGUCAGGGCCCGGGGAACAGACAGUGUCAGGUGUUCCAGGAGGCCGAGGAGCAGCUGCUCGCCUACGAGAGCGACGAGGCCAAGGCCCAGCGGCAGAGCAGCGCCGAGGCCCUGCAGAACAUGAAGGCCCAGAUGGACAGGAUGAGGUCCGAGCUGGCUUACGAGCGGCAGAGGUUCGAGCAGCAGACGGGGUGCUUCGAGGAGGAGCGCAAGAUCUGGCAGGAGGAGAAGGACAAAGUAAUCCGCUACCAGAAACAGCUGCAGCAGAACUAUGUGCAGAUGUAUCGCAGGAACCGGGAGCUGGAGCAGCUCCUGCAGGAGCUCAGCCUGGAACUGGAGAGCAGGGAGGAGGACGAGGGCAGCGGCAACGAGAUCAACUUUGACGAGAUCGCCGCCACAGAAAUAUGACCGCCACGUCCGUCCUCCUUUCUUUUUUUUUUUAUUUGCACUAUUUUCAGCUAAAUGUUUUUUUUUCCCCCCCUACAUGUCAUAGAUCAUCUGAUGUGACAAAUGUAAAAAAAAAAAAAAAAAAAAAUGACCCCGUCACUAAUGUCUCAGUUGGACCUCAUCAGAAUCCUGAUCUGACCUGAUUUAGUCCGUGGGAGGUGUUAGCUGUCGUGUGAGUAACUUCUCUCAACCUUUCACCAUCCUCCACCCUCUCCCCUGGUUUUAGCACCAUACUCCCACUCCACCGGUGUUAGUCACUUCUCAUCGGUCCAGUUAACUCGGACUGAGCCCACGCUGUCGUCAGCUGACGGUAAACGUGGGCUACAGCACAUUCAGUAUGUUAUCGUGUCAUCAAGAGUGCGUGAGUCAGAGAAAGGUGAAGAGUUGUGUUGCUGUUGUUGUUUAUCACAGAGGAAAAUUACGGCAAAAACAAAAAUCUUAAGUUUCCAAACACUCUGGUUUUAGGUUCGGUCCCAAACUUGUGUACCAGUAAAUACAUAAAUGGCACCUGAUGUAUGAUGAUUGGAUCAAAUCAGUUUUCAUGCACGGGUAAUUAUGAAAUUAUACUUCAUAGACGCUCAUUAACAAAAAAUUAACAAUCAUUGCUACAAAGUAGUUCUGUGACUGUAACACUGUUAAACUGUCCCCUCUAUAGUUGUAUUAUAUGUUACAGGAAGCUUUAUCUCUGAAAAUGAAUGUGCAGAGGUGAGUGAUGUUGAAGAGCAGUUAAAACUUGCUGCAUGCAGAUGUUUAGAGGUUUAAUUCCAGCUAGGACCAAACACAUGACUCCUGUUUCCCUACGUUUACAUGGACGUUAGUAUUCCGCUAAUAACAAGAAUAAAAACGGACUCACGUAGCCUGAAUCAGAACAGACAGAUAAGGCUGGCGUUAACCAAUAAGUUAGAAAAUAUUAGCUUAAUAUUAGCUCCCGCUGGCUGGAAUAAAUCCACUCUUUUCCGGCACGUUUGCCCCACAUGAGGUAAACAUCAGGUGACAUAAGGAAUUUCAAAAAGGAGCCAGAAUCCAUGUGGACGGUAACAGUGACACUUUUCUAUUCUGAUUGGAUGUUUUGGGGUGUUUGUGCCAGUGUAAACGGUUAAAUCUGAUGAUUUGAGUCCAUGUAAACGUAGUCAUUAGCAUACGUGAAGGCUCCUCAUGCACCCAGAGAUAUUUAACUAACGUUAUAAAAACCACGUCACCACCUGAUGUCUUUUACUAACGGAUACUGUCUCACGGUCACGUUAUAACCUCAUGUCACAGCCCUGACUGGGUGUUAAGUUGAGUUAUAUAUAAUUAAACAGCGUGUGUCACAGCACUAAAGCACACUCAUGCUUUUUUAUCUCUUAAUUAGAGAAAACCCUUCUUCCGCUUCUCUCUCUAAGAGAUGUCCGAUUGCUGUGUGUGGGCGACGUGUUAAUAAGCACUGAAUAACAGUUUCCAUUGACCUUUAAAGUAUUUUUUUGUUUUUACACAUAUUUAGUUCCCUGUACAACAGAAGGAAGACACUUUUUUUUUUUUUUUGCUCCUCUAUUACUGCUGACUGAGGAUUUCAUCCUUUGUAAAUAUCAUCACACUCAAGGUCUCCUUCCAGAGAUGUCUCUCCAUCUCAACGAAUACAAACAUAGCCACUGUGAAUAGACCAAAGCAAUGUCGCGCACAUUAUAUUUUGCUCCUACAGAUACGACGUCUGUAUAUUAACGUUUGUGUGGAUGUUUUGUUCUCAGUAUAAUUUUAUAAUCCACAAUAUUUGUAUGAAGACAUUUAAAUGUAUAUUUUCAUGCUGUACAUUUCUUGAACAAACCCGCUAUGGUUUUAAUUAAAAAAAAGACCAAUUUUCA